AUGAGGCUGCUCACACACAAUCUGCUCGCUUGCCACGCCAAGGCAUGCCAGACCACCUCGAACAACUUCCCGCUCAUCCUCAAGGACGUCCAGCUCGAACUCAUCGAGGCCGAGCCCAACGACACUUUCGUCAAGGGUUUCCUUCCCAAGCUCGACUGGCCCGCACUCGUCAAGACGGCGCGUAGCCUCGGAGACACCUCGCUUCCAGAUCAAGGCCCGGACGCUUCGCAACCGCUUGAGGACGAGGCGCUGAUCAAGCUGCUUCACCAUGUGCUGCUUGAGAUCCACGUCGUCGAAGGCCAGAUGAUCUGCCCCAACUGCCAACACAUCUACCAGAUCCGCAGCGGCAUCCCCAACAUGCUGCUGGCCGAGCACGAGAUCGGAAAGUGA